AGGUUAAGCCCUUCGUCUCUAGAAAAAGCGAAUAUAGGACAAAUGGUAAAUCUUCUAGCCAAUGAUGUCAGCAAAUUUCAAAAUAAAAUUUUUUGCAUUCCUUAUUUAUUUACAAAUCCGUUUUGCAUCGUUACUGUAAUAGCGACAUUAUGGCAAUAUUAUGGAUGGACUAUUUUAGUUGGAUUUGUAGCUGUAUUUACCUUCAUUCCUAUACAAAUUGCUUUGAGUAAACUAUAUUCGAAAUUCAGAUUACAAGCAGCCAUAUUGGGAGAUGAAAGAUUGAACCUGUUGAACGAGAUGAUUGCUGAUAUGAGACUAAUUAAAAUGUACACCUGGGAAUUGCCGUAUGCUGCAUUAAUAGAGAAAAUCAGAAUGAAAGAAAUGAAAAAAAUUCGAAUGUUUUUAUAUACAAGCGGGAUAUNUUUUUUAUUAGAGUGGAAGAAGGAACUACAGAAAAAAAAUACAAGUAUAUUGAAAGCAUUAUUACGAUUUGUUGGAUGGAAAUACUUAAUAAUACUUUUACUUGCACUCAUCCAGCAAACAGUGGUAAUGGCAAGUGUAGCAUACUUAUCAGGAUUAACAGUUCAAUGUUUCGACAUGAGAAUGGGAUGUAAUCAAUACAAUAUUUAUGUAACAGUUUCGGGACUUUUCGACUUUCUCCUCCUUCAAGAAAAAGACAACAAUGAUAUAAAAAUUGUAGAAGAAAGUGCAAAGUUAACUGAAAUUGGAAUAUGGAUGGAUAAUGUUACAGCUACAUGGAGAAAAGUAAGAUAA